AUGUCAUCCGUCAAGACCCUCGUCCUCACCGAUAAGGCUCCUAAGCCUCUUCCGGGCAUCUACAGCCAAGCCAUCAUCGCCAAUGGCAUGGUCUUCUGCUCCGGCGCCGUCCCCAUGGACCCCGAAACCAUGAAGAUCAUCGACGGUGACGUCCAGGCUCACACCCAUCAAUGCAUCAAGAACCUGACGGCGGUCUUGGAGGGUGCCGGCACUACUAUCGAUAAGGUUGUCAAGGUAAACGUCUUCCUGGCCGACAUGGAGGACUUCGCCGACGUGAACGCGGUCUACUGCACAUACUGGGGCGACGUGAAGCCUUCUAGAACUUGUGUGGCCGUGAAGACUCUGCCGCUUGGUGUGGAUGUUGAAAUUGAGUGUAUCGCUGUGUUGUAA